GCAGCGGCGGCGCGCACGCAGGGCCUGGUCGGUGUCAUGGCCGCGUCCCGGCUGCCUCCAGCAGCGCUGACGCUGAAGCAGUUCUUGAGAAGGCAGCAGGUCCUUCAGUUAUACAGAAGAAUUCUGCAGGCUAUUCGUCAGGUACCUACUGAAACUGAUCGGCAAUAUCUAAAGGAGUGGGCAAGGGAAGAAUUCAAAAGAAAUAAAGAUGCAACAGAUGAGGAUGCAAUUAGGAUGAUGAUUACUCAGGGCAACAUGCAGCUUCGGGAGCUUGAGAGAAUACUUCAGCUGGCAAACUCCUAGUCUUAAUUCUGAGAGCCAAUGGACUUUCAUCCACUGUGGGAAGUACAGUACUUUCUCCAGGAUGCAGCACCUCAUCUUAUGCUAAAAUACCGGUAAUGUUUCAAGGUGGAAUACAGUACAAUACCAUUAUUUCCUUUCUCUUCUUGAGUCUGUUACCCUGAAUAUUUGGCAAUCAUAGACAAAUUAGUUGUGCCAUAUUUGUUCAAAUAACCAAAAGUGUGACAUAAUACUUGCUGAGAGAGAAGCAGGAAGUACUGAAUAACAGCAGCAGUGCGAAAGAAAAACAAAAAUCUGAUUUGAAUGUAUUUUCUGUUUGUUUGUUUUCUACAUUAGUUCUAAAUGUUACCAUCUUAUUGGAGUCGUCUCUAGAGUUCCAAAGUCCCAAACUCUUGAACUUUCAGUUUCAUAAUAAACGUGUCAAAAUACUAAGAAAAUUCCUCAUAUGUAGGUGAUAACUUGAUCCUGUUUAUUAUUUGAGGUAGUGUCUUUAACCAUGAUUAUGACCGAAUAAACCUUAACGGUGUGAGAGAAUAUAACCUAGGAUAUGGUUAUUGCCAAAUUAAGAAAUACCUCUUAUGAUUAUACUGACAAGUGUUCACAUGUUACAUAAAAAGAACAAACAGAAAAGGUAUAUUAAUGUUGUGGCCCUUCCUUUCCUUCCUCAUGUUGUAUUUCCCACAUGAAUGGCAACAUAUUUUGUUUAUUUCAAUUUCAAAAGUAAGGGAGGUUGAGUUUCUCUGAAUGUAAAUAGCUAUGUACCCGAACAGCAGAUGUACACAGCUGCCAGCUAGUAUGUCUUGGUUCAUUUCUAACAAGCAGCAGACCAAGUUUCUUCAAAGCUGUACCUGCAGACUUGGUUGAAAGACUUCACAAGGCUGGUUAGCCAACCACUGAUGAGCUGUUAAAAAGAAAUUUCUCCUGUAGUUAGGCUAUAUUCCAGAAUUGUUGUCUAUAGGGUUUCUUGAGCCUCUCUCUGAAGCAUCUGGUUCUGGCUAUUACCAAAGACAGGACACUGGAUUAGAUAGCUCUCUGAUUUGUGUCGAAAGAGGUUGCUCUUGUGGAUUUUUUAAAGCAAGGGUGGGCAAACUUUUUGGCCUGAGGGUCAUAUUGGGGUUGUGCAACUGUAUGGAGGGCCAGGUAGGGA